AUGGCGGCUCAUUCGGAUGACCCGAAUGACCUUGAAAGUCAUCUUGAUUAUGACGAGUCUGACGACUUAGAUAUGCCCAAACAAGCAAACAAAGACCCUGAGCAUGAUAGGGCAGAUUUUCAUGAGUUCUUCUCGUCUUUACAGAAGACUAUGUCUACACAAACAGCAUUAUUGUCCAUUUUAGUGGCCGAACGCCAAGGCGAAAAACGAGCUAACACCAGUAGUGUCACGGCUUCGGCCAGCUCGAGCAAACGUCAGAAAUAUGACUCGAAUGAUACACAACCUCAAGUAGGCUUACAAGAUAUAGCUGCAGAGACAGCAACUACAAGUGCUUCAGAGGAAGCAACUAACAAUGCAUCAGAGGAAGCAACAAAUUCGAUUUCAGAGUCAGACAAUGAGCAACACACAAGUGAGCAAAAUGACGAUAGGUUAAGUGUACAUGGGGAUGAGCAUGACCCUGAUCUUGCCGGGUCAAUGAGUGAGGAUGAAGACAAUACCAGUCUUCUGACAAAAGUAGGCGAAUCACUCUGUCCCACUGAGGAUCAUGGACCACAAGUUAUUGGAAAACUUUCACAACUAGUGAAUACUAAGUUUGUGAUGGAUCUUGACCUUGAAAAAAGGAAACAACUUUCUGAAAAGUACUAA